CUUAAAUUCCAAAAUUCUAUUUCACAUUCUGUAGUGAUAAGCCUGAAGCAAGUACAACUUUUGCUGUUCAUAGGUUGUCCUUUUCAGAGACAUCUUUGGAAAUCACUUUGUUGUCCACAUUUUAUGGGUACUUUAUUGUCAGGACGAUGUAAGUCCAGACAUUUUGCAUGGAAAAAAACAUUGAAACCCAGCAGUCUAGAUUGAAACGGAGAUUCCAGGAGAAAUAAUUUUUUUCAUUUAAUGAUCUUGGAAUUGACUUGUGAUAUUUCAUUUAAAAAUCCUGCCUUAAACUGGUAUAUCACACUUGUACUAUUAAGAACCCAUAGAAUGGAGGCCUUAAGAACUUUGCAUGCUAAGAUACUGUGUAAUAUCUCACUAUAUAAAAUGAGUAUGCCAAGAAGCCCAGGGACUAGCAUUCCCUUUUGGAAAAUUAAUCCUUUAAUAUAUUUGUUUCCAGAUUGUGGACUGCAGACACAUAAUCACAGUAUGAUACUGAUCUGCAGUAUCAUAUCAUUCCAUUUAGGGGUUUUAAUUAAAAGUUUGGUGUGAAGGCUGCAUAGUGGUUCCCUGUUAUGUUUGAAGUUUGACAGUGGUCCAUGAUGCAAAAAUUUAGGAAUGUUCAUUUAGGAGAAUUAAGAGUCCUAGAUCAUUACAUUUUGCUUUCAUUUAAUCCUGUAAUUUUUUUUUCUUCUUUCAAAUAUGAUUAAAACCAAUGAGAAAGGAAAUAUUUGAAGUGAUUUGCAAAGUUAUUUGAUUUUUAUAAAAUUACAUGGUGUGAUGUGCUGUAUGUACCAAACUACAGACAGACUUUCAGCUCCUAAAUUAAGUACACUUUUUUUGUUCUGGUUUAAGCCCAUUGAGAAUUCUGCCAGUUAGGUUUUUCUCUUCUGUGAUCAUCUUGCACAUAAUAGUCUGAUGUUGCAGAUACUUGCAGAAGCAUAGCAAAACUGGUAGCAUCAUGUAUGUGGUUUUAUUUUUAAUUUAUAUUAUAUUAAAGCAUAUUUCUAUCCUGAAAGAUGUUAUGUGAAACUACUGCAGUAUAUAUUAAAACAGUUGCUGGACUCCUAACUAAUCUAAUAUGAAUAACCAAGGUAUGCAAUAAUUAAUGCUUAAGGACAAAAAAGGGUUUUCUUUAAAAUAGAGAAACACGUAUAAAAAAAAAAAACCUUAAAUAGAUACCUUUUAAAAUAGGACUUUUGAUUCUUGAUCAGUGUUAAGGUAUAAGUCUACACAGUUUUAUGUACUGUUUGAUGGUGUUUAUUUACCUGUAAGAGUUUAAGUAAUGUCACACCACAGUCCUGGUGGAAAUGGCUAUCUAAACAGCUGGGACUGGUUUGUGGAAGUGACGGAAUUGGCUUCUGCCAGAGGCUUCCUGUGCUGGUGCAGUGACACUGUUUUCUCCAUUUUACAUUCUGCUCAGUGACUCUCACUUUCAAAACUAAGAUUAUCAGAAACAAUAAAAAGAAAGGCAACAAAAAACUUAUUUUCCUUUUCCAUUGUAUGGAUGAAAAUAAAGUGUGUGAUAAUGAGCUUUGUUACCUCUAGAGGUGAAAAACCAAAACAACUGGAUGAACAAUGUACAGUGAUCAACUCACGUGUAAUUCUUUGUUUAAAUUAGUUUUAAUGCAAAAUUGGUUUUGUAAAUGUCCUUUUUUCCCUCUUCCUGCAUACCUCAGGCAUCAUUGAAUUGAUAAGCAAUACUUAAAAGAGAUUUUUAAUGAUUCCUAAUAUAAUUCCAGCUUUCAUAAACCAUAAAGAAACUUUCUUACCUAGUAAAUAUGAAACAUGGAAUGAAAUCUGUACUAUGUAUCAACAUAAAACUGUAUGUAAACACAAACGAUGAUGUUGAGCUGUGUAACUGUUUGAUUAAGAGCACAUAGCUACAACAUACACAAGUCGCUAUCCAGAGAAAGACUCCUUCUUUUGAUAAAACUACUACCUUUUCAUAAUUAUUUCCUGAGUUCUCACUUUUCAGGAAUACUGUGAAAACAUACGUAAUUUCUUUUAACCUCAUUGUAUGUGUGUGUUGAUAUUUUUGGCCUGCCAGUUUAAAUCACCGUUAAAACUAGCGAUGUGUAAGUUGCUGUGAUUAAAAUCUACGUUAAUGUAAGUAACCAUCAGUGCAAACAGUGCAAUGAAUUCAAAAUAUGUUGUGUACCUGUUUCUCUUUACUUUCUGAGGUAUUUGGCACAAAGUCAUAUUACUUCUUUAAAUCAGCACUGUGUUGCAUUUAUUGGGUAGUGCAUGGCAGAAACAGAAGCGCUGUUUUCAGAUUACCUAAAUAUUUUUGUAUUUUCCAAAUAUCCCCUAGCUGGGGUAUUGUAUUAAGGGAAGUUCACAGUAGUUCAUAGUAUAUUCUUCCUACCUUAGUCUAAAAUCCUGAGCAGAUUUUUCAUCCUGAUCUUCAAAUGCUGGAACUUGGAGAGAGUCAGCCACAGUUACUUACAUAACACGAGAGAAAAUGCCAGGGGUGAUUGAGUCCAGGGAUUGGAGUUCUUAAUAUCUUGAGCAAAGGCUGUAGAAAUAAGGAUGUAUGUUUAUAGUAAUUAAUUAUAGAGCAUUAAGAAAAUAAGAUCAAAUCUGGAAGACCUCUUGUAAUUAAUCAUGGCUUUGCUGGAAUAGUAUCUACCUUCAACUUCUCCAGUGCCUCUUGCGAUAAGGGCUGGAAGAUACUGUGGGGCUGAUUGUACAAUGCUUUGUGCUCAGUCUGUUCAUGGGGUAGAAAACAGUGCCAGAUGAAGAUCCAGGACUAUCAAUAACAAGUAUUUAGCUGAGAACUAUCAGAAAAAAACAAAACCAACAUGACAAAAACCAAAAAAAAUCCAAUCCAAACCAAAGUUGUCACAGCUGUGUCCUUUUAAGGUCAACACGAAAAAGACUCUUGUCAAGUUGACAGAGGGAGAUGACUUACUGAUGUAACCCAAGGCAAAAGAGAUAAGCAAUAAAAAUAGUGUUGCAUUUCUGUUUGAUGGAGUGACUUCUCCUAACAGCUUACAGAGACAACCAAGCAGAGAAAUGCACCAAGUUAGUUGCUGUGACAGUGAAGCUGAUAAAUCACGUAGAAAUCUGAUUGUGCCAAUUCCACUGGGUUUUGAAGCCUGAAUUUUGCUAUAUUUAAUAAGGGCUUACAUAAAGUCAUCAAAAUAUGCCAGACCUUAAUUUCACUGAAAUAAAACUCCUUUCUACCAGGUAAAAAGGUAAAUAUAAAUGGAUAGUUUAUUUCUAAUAGUGGUCUUUUUUAGCAUUCAUAUGUGGACAUAAGGAAACAAAAAGUUGAUUAGACUUCCAGCAUUCAAGCAAUCUUUUUAUUUGGUAGAAAAAUAUGCCAAAGAUAGGAUUCUCACUUAGUAAAGGAGGUUCCUGGGUAGAAGGAGAAUUUACCUCUUUUUCUGGACCAGUUCAUCACCCUUCCAUCUAGCUUCUGUAUGGUAUGGUUGUUUUUUGUGCAUUUUAAACAUUUUUAUCGUCAUUGUGAACUAAUAACUGCUUUUCUAAUGUGAACUUCUAUGUAACACAGUGCACCAAAUUCUAGCUAGAGCAUAGCUUCUGCUGUGUAAUAUAAAAUCUGAGUAUCAUUAGCAUAGCUGACAGAACUAUAGUUUCAAAGCAUUUUAAUGACAAGGAGGCUAUUAUAAUACUCCUCUGCACGUAUCUUAGUGAAUCAGUUUGCUUGCAAUAAUGAUUUUAUUUUUCUGAAGACAGCACUUAUAUUUCCUGGCACAUAAAGAUUAUUUUCUCCUGAAAUCUUCUUUUCCCUCUCUCUUCUUUAAAAGAGACAUUUUAAUAGUUCCUUCAAGGCCUGGCUUAUUUUUGUUCCUCUGCUCUGUCAGGGAUGGCUUUGUGUUCCCUGUGUGCUGGCAAGGUGGGCUGCAAGUGUGCAGAAGCCAUCAGCCAGGCCAGGAGUGUGGCAGCUGCCCCAGGACCUAUAGUAUGGUCACCUGUCCUGUCAUCCUUCUGGGUGGAGAGUAGGUGCAGCUUUGGUAUGGAGGUUUUUCAGGUGUGUGUGACCCUUUCCUGGCUUGUUCCUGGUGCUGGUUCUAGUGCUGGUUGAGUUUGCAAAGGCAGAGAAGGAGAUGGGAGCUGGGCUGUCCAGAGGAGAAGUGAACUCCUUUAAUCCAAGCCUGAGUUGCCUCUGAAAGGCACAGUCUGACUGGCCCCUGCCAGCCCUGGGGCGCAAGCAGGGCAUUUUUGGUCAGUGUGGGUGCAGGGAGAGGGCAGGGCCUGAGCCUGCAGACAGUGGUGAAGGGUUGGGCAGCGUCCCUUCAGGUCCAGUAGGGCUUAAGCCCAUCAUAAAAUUGCACAUUUGGAUUCUGGAUCCUGGAUCUGCCCAUGGCACCCUGCCCUUGUCUCAGUGACAGCUCUGCUCCUGAUGAGAAAUGUAACCGAGUUUUCCUUUGAACUUUGUCAGGGUUACCUUCUCCUCUGUGUGCUUGGUGGUGGAAAUCUUAAGUAUUUGCGUUUUGUCACAAGCAAAAGCAAGAACAUCAUUAUAUUUAAAGGGCAAAAAGACCGUCAUGUAUUAUGUCAGGCAGAAACAAAAUGCUGGAAGGGACUGCCAAAUCAAUGAUUAUCCAAGAGCCCUGGUUCUAGUAGACAGUAUGUACCACAAACAAAUAGAUAAAUAAAUAAGUACAUGUUUAAAUGCAUUUCAGUGCAGCAGAAAGAAAAAAAGCAAUAGUAAUAUACUGUGCUAAUGUAGAAGAAGAAGAAACUUGGGACAAAUGGCCUGGUAUUUACACAGCUAAACCAAAAUAAUAUGUGAAGGUUGGUCAGGCCCAAAUGAACCCCAUAAAAAGCUUUUUAGGAAUUCUAAGAGUUGUGUUGGUCAGUUUGACCACAUCAGACUUCUCUGUGUAGCCAUCUCGGUUUUGGCAUUGUGGAUUGAGAACAGGGGUGUUGCAACAAUCUAGAGAGAUGUGGUAGUUUCAAGAAGGAGCAGGGAGACAGUUAGUAUUCUUUCCCCAUUGAAUUGGAUCAAAAGGUUUAUUUUCUUCAGCAGGUAUCACCCAUUAUUGGUUUAGUUUCAUCCAAAGAGAUUACGUUCAGUUGAAAACUAACAUGCAGACUUAUAAUAUUUUGUGUUACAAAAAAAAAAACAAAGAAAAAAAAGAAAAGGUUUCUUUUGAUGUAGUCUCAAAAUGCCUGAACUUGAUCAUCAGUCUCAAUCAGAUCUCUACAGAUUCUGUCUGUAGACUGCUGUCCUACUCAGACUUCAUGCCUAAUUUACUGAAAAUAACUUUACCUGUAUUUUUUCCCCACUUUUAAAUGUAGCUCUGUUAGAUUCUUCUGGCAAAACUGUGUUGGCAGCUCUUGGUGUGUCUUUUGUGAAACCUAUGUAGAGGGCUUGAGAAUUGCCUUCUCAUUGCAUUUUUAAUUACUAAACUGCCGCCUUCAAAAUACAAAAAGAAUGUACAAUGCCUGCUUGAAAUAUGGCACAGUCAGACAUACAAGUGACUGGUAAGACAGUAGAUAGAAAGGAUGGCUUUUUUCACAAAAGUUUUAUAAUGUUACAGUGAAUUCCUGCUGCCCAAGUAAGUAAUACAUAUCUUGUAUUUAGUUUGAAUGCAGAAGAUAGUGUGUUUUUAAAACUAUUGGCCCUUAAAGGGAAUACAGAAGGUCACUAUGAAAAUAAAAAUAUAUAAACAAAAAUGAUAGAGAGAAAGAGUAACUUUUGCCCCAACUGCUUUUGAGGAAACAGUGCCCUUGGCAUGUACAUUCUUAAGGUAUAGUGGUAAGGCUGUGCAUACCCUGAAAAAUGGAUUUGUGUAUGUUGUCCUGAAGUUCUGUGGGAAUUGUGAGCAAUGGGUAGCUCUUUGAACAUCAACCACAGUAUGUAAUCCUUUUUAUGAAGUGACCCACCUUUAUCCUAAAAUUAGGUAGAGUUUUUUUGCCUUGACAGCGUCUGGCAGAAGGAUGUUUCAUAGCCUCACUGCUUUGUCAGUUAAAACCCUUCCUUCUCAUUUUCAGCCCAAAGUUAAUCAUGGCUAGUCUAUUUGUUCUUAUGCCAACUGGAUCCUAAGCUUUUCCCUCCCUAAUGUUUACCUGCUGUUAGCAAUUGUGUUUCUAGUCUAAAUGAGCUUCACUUCACAUGUUCAUAAGGAGAAGAGCCACAUCUUCCAUAUCUUCAUUAAUUUUCAUUAAAAUUAAUCUUCCUUGAACAUUUUAAAAUGGUUUCCUUAAUGCAGCAUCAUCUGUGACAUCAUUACUUACCUGUUUAUGCUCAAAUUUUUGCCUGGGACAAAAGGCCUUUUAAAGUGUGUUUUGGACUGGUUUAUAUUUGUUGUCUACUACUGUGUUGUUUUCUUAAUUUUUUUCAUUCUUCAAUCACUGUUAAUAAAGUGUGAGGGAUUGUUAUUUCAAAGAGCUUGCACUCUUCCCUAUUAGUUUUCAUUCCCAAUUUCAAUACAAUUUUCAGUAGUUUUCUGUAUAUCUCUGUACUUCUCUAGAUUGAAGGUGUCAUAAAACUUAUGUUAUCAUUCAGUUUCCUUAGUAUUGUCUGUAUAAACACUUGAGAUUUGUCUUGUUAGCUCAUCUGCAAUGCAGCUGUUUGAAAUGAGACUUUUAGACCCUGAUGGACUCGUUCAAAUGGAAGGAAGUGACUUCAGAAUAGUGUAGAAGAGUUUCAGUCUCUGCUUUGUCAUUUGGCCUCAAGGCCAGGCUCACUUCUUGAUGAGUGUUACAAAAACAGUGUAAACAUAGCUGUGAUAUGGCUGUUUAGGAGUGGGAGUGAUUAGUGUGUAAUGUUGAUUUUCUAUGGACACAAAGGAAAUUAUGAGACCAUGUUUACUUGCCGAACCAUAGGUCUGCCUCUCUUAUUUUAAUCAUCUAUUGUAUUUAGGGAGCAAAAAAAAGAAAGAAAAAAAAAGAAAUAAUAAUAAUAAAAAAAUGGCUUUAUAAACUAGAACAGAAAGUAUCCCUUCAGUAUUGCUGAAAGGUAGAGUGCUUGUAGGAAGCAUAAGCCAGUGCUGAGCAGUUGCUGAUUCUCUCCUGCAGACCAGACUCUGCAAUUCUAAUCUGCUGGAUGGUGCAUGUUGCGUUUUGUCUGUUUGCUUGAGUUCCUACUGAUGGAGUCCAAAAAGCUUGGGAGAACGGUGCCAAACCGGAUUUUUUGACGCCCAGUCAGGAUGUUGCCAGAGUGAGCAUUUGGAGCUGGGAGCUGCAGAAGAGUAUCCCACAGUUGGGAUGCACCCACGAUCUGAUGUUGGAUUUUUCUCAUGUAGCAAAGCAAAUAAAGUGCCAGGCUGUCUGCUUCAGAAAUGCUGACUGUUGCCACAGUAUCUUAUGCUGAUAGACUGUUGUUGAUUAAUCUUUUGAGUAUUUGAGAAUUCAUUUUCUGUCAGUGCAUUGCAAUAAUUUUCUUACUUUAACCUUUGUAUAUUUAUAAUUACAGGAAGCAGUUUAACUGGCAGUGAGAAGUGCCUGAUGCUUUCAUGUGGCUUCACUGUUUCCAGCUUGCACAGCAUUGCUAUGGCAGUGUGAGCUUGCACAUGGUCUUCCUUUUGCUCAUCUUGAUGCCUAAACCAUUGACACUUCCUCAGUUCUUGAACCCCAGUUACAGUGCUCACAUGCCAGUUCCAGUACGGCCUAAGAUGUAUUUCAUUUUGCUGGGUUCAAAGAUCAAAUUUUCUUGUGAUGUUGUGAAUUCAGAGCAAAAUGCAGGGAUCUGCAGAAAAUUAUUAGCAGCUGGUUAUCUGUAUAAAGGACACAGGUUAACUUGAAGGGCCUGUGUGUACAAUUAAAUAUGUGUACUUACCUGCCAUGUAAACAAAAGUCCCUGACUUUAUGCACUCUUUCUGCAGUUGAAAUAAAAGGUGGUAUCUUUUCUGUUUUGACAGAUCUUUUAUAGUGAAUGUGAAUGAAAUCAACAGUUACAAUGAUACUCCUAUGUUCCUGUUGUUCCUAUUACCCACAUACAUCUUUAAAGAAAGGAAAAAAAGAAAAAAGGAUAUUUCUUUAAAUCUGAACAAAUUUUAAUUCUACCUGUGAGGAGUGUAGUAUGGGGUCUUUAUUCCACUACCUCCAGUGGACUUGCUAUUUCUCAGUUUAUAGGAUGUUUCCAUGGCUGAUUUUAAUAUUUUCAUAAAUAGUCUCUCAUGCAUCCUCAUUUUUUUCACCCAAAUCUGAUGUCUCAUUCUUUUUGUGUAUUUCCAGUGAUUUACAGUCAUGAUUCAAAUUGAAACAUAAUGAGACAUUAGGCAUUGAUAUGUCAAGCUGUUAGAAAGACGCAAGGGAGAUGAUAAUUUUCAGUAAUUUUAGAGUCUAAUCAAGUGUGUGUUUGUUGCCCAGAUUACAGUGCACUCAUGAAUUACUCGAGUUCCCUUUAGCUCAGAGGCCAGUAGAGUUCUAUGUAGAUAAAGUUCAGUUUGAGCUUAAGGAGCCACAUUUUUUUUCCUCUGGGGUUUGCAGCUUCCAAGCCCCCACUGUUUCCCACAUCAGAGUCUGGGAAGCGAGAAGCAGCAGGUCAGUGCCCACGUGGUGUUUCAGGCACCCCAGCACAGGCAGAGAGACCUGCAGCCCUGCCGGAGCCGUUGGUGCUGUGGGAGCGUGUUGCUGCCACCUCCGUGCCUAACCUUUAAUUAUCCCCGAUGCUGUAAGUGUAAUACAGACUUAUUUGUGCAGCUGGAGUGAGACAAGCGUGCCAUCUUGUGAGCAGGCAAAAUGGCAACCACUGUGGAUUCCGCUGUGGGCGGAUGAAGCAUGAGGGUUAUGAGCGGAGCUGUUGGGUAUUUUUGUUUCAUACUCAAAGGAGAGCCAGAGCUUCAACAACUUAGAGUGUAAUAGGAUGGGAAACCAAAUUGAUUCUUUAGAUCUGAGAGUCAUAAAGAAAAUUAUUUUUCUAUUAAUAGGCCAAGGCUUAUCAAGAUUAUAUGGGAUUCAAUGAUAAUGAGGUUAUUUUUUUUAAAAGAGAGACUUGAAUCUAUAUUUGGUUUAAUCAGUAGAUUUUGAUGCUGGAGAAGACCCAAGUCCUUCAGAAAUACAUUGGUUUACUGCAGUCUCUGUUCUUUAGGUCAUACAUGCAUAUAUAUGCUCAUCUUGUUAUCUGCAUACGAUGGUUGUACGAAUGUCUUCUGACAUGAAGGUUUUUAUCUGUGAUCUUGGACUGUUCUCAUUACUCACAAGAAGAAAAGCCACGGCCAAAUUAUGAAGAUAAUUUCUAAUUUCUCUCAUGUAUUCUUAUUCUUUCAAUACAUGCUGCUUAACAAAAGAAUUGUUUAAGAGAUGCUUAAAUUUAAUUGGCUGUGAUUUCAUCUCUGUCUUCUUCAAAGGAAGGCAUCUUUGCUGUAUAAAUCCGGUUGUACCAGAUUUCAGGGGGUAAGAAAUUUAUAGCUAAUACUAAUUCCUAAAAAAAUGACUACAUCUGUUGUGAAACAUUCUCUACAGAAUUGUCACAGUUUUGGGGUCCUGCAUCACUUAGUCAAGUAAUUUUAGAAGUUGGAUUCUCUCCUGACUCUUAAUGGUACAAAGAUCAGUUUUGCAGCCUUAUGUCUUGUUUAUCAGAUGAAACUGCUACAGGAGUAAUUAUUUACUCUUGACUAGUCCCAUUUUGGGAAGAAUUUGCACGCUGAUAUGUGGAUGAAACAUUUAUCUCUUUGAGUUGUUUGAGAAAGCAGUUGUGGAUUUUCUGCAGCUAUUCAUAGACAGGAAAAUUAGAAGCAGCCCUAACUUGGAUUGAUUGUCAUGGGGAGAGCAAACAGCAACAAAUUAUUGAUGGGCAGCAUCUAGAUGAGCAGAAUGACAUGAUAUGUAUUCAGCCAACUGGCUCACAUUUGGCAGUCCUUUUAUUUAUGAGUUGUGGUUAUCUCACCCCAUCCAUGUUGGACUCUCAGCAUCUCUACCUAAUUGGCUGUGUUAAUUUGUAGCCCGCACCUUCAGAUCUCAGGUACAUCCCAAAUUCCUUUGCACAAGUUGCAACAUUACUUCAAAGAACGUACUGUUGUAGCCUUUGCAAGUAGUUUUGGGACUUUUUUUAGACUCCAAAAUGCCAGUGAACCCAGAAGUUGCAUUAAUAGUUGCUUUCUUUAUAAGUGAAAACACGGCAAAAGCUUUCACUUUUUGUGGGAUACAUCCCCGUGCAACAAAUCAGCUCAACAUCAUUGCUGGAUAUUUCUUAGAACUAGUGAGGUACUGAAUUGGAAAUUGAGGUGGCAUGAAGGCAGCUCUGAGGAGGAAGAAAGGAGCAAUGUGGUAAGACUUGCUUGUGUACAUGGGAUUUUUGAGAAUGGAAAUAUUAGUGUAAUCUAUGGCUGUACUUCUCUGUAACCUUUAGAGAUAUAGUGAUACAUGUAUUUUAAGGAACAUUCAGGUGCAUUAUUUCUGGAAAAGAAAUAUAGUGUCCAACUUAUUUCAAAAUACAUCUUCAAUAGGAAUAAAACAACUGUUCACUUCUGUUCAUCUCUGCAGACUGAAGAUUUCUACUCUCAUUGGUAGUUUUAGCUUCUGUCUCUAUGUUGCUGUGUGCAGAUUCUGCCACCUAUGCUGUACUCGUGUUUCUGAAAUUACAUAUUUACCUACCAGGGGAAAAAAAAUAAAUCUUUUUUUGUAUGUGUUUUAUGAUCCUGGCAGAUUACUGAUGUUUAAAUUAAAUUUCUGAUGUCUGCAUGGUCCAGGCUAAUGUGAGGGCUUUUGGCACCACCCCUUUGUGCAAUAAAGAAUCAAAGCCAGUAGCGUAAGAAAUCUUCUAUCAAAAGCUGAAAGCUAGAUUCAUAAAAUCACUUAUGCAGGCAUUAUGAGAUUUUCCCAUGGAAAGUUUAUGUGGGAGUUUGGGAAAAACUGAUUCAAGAACAGCAUUAUUUGCACUAUAUAUAUUCAUCCAGUAGUCAGCAGGCUGGUGCUGGCAUCCCUUGCCAGUUUUAAAGGGUUGCCAGCGCUCAUGAAGCUGCUGCAAAGCCACAUCAGCAGAGUAUCAAGGAGUUUUCUUAUUCUGUGCCCUCCUUCCCCCUUUUCUGACCAGAACUGAAAUGGGUAAAACAGAGAUCAUGAUCCUCAGUGAAUGCGUGUACUCAAUUCUUAUGGCUGUCUGAAAAACUCUACUGUUUUAAAGCCGUUUCAUAACAAAUUAUUAAGGUGGAAGUGCUGUAAGACUGGCUUUCUCAUCAGCAUUUCACUUCAUUUCUCAGCUUCAAAAGAAAAAUAAGAGAUAAAAAGGGCAAAUAAUAGACAAACCACUCAGAGUGAAUCAAUUUGCAUUCACUUUGGUCUUUUUUUUUAAUGUAUUUUACUUUGGGUUUAUUUAAGAAAGUGGGUCUGUUUCUCCGUCUGCAUGAGGACGAUAUGAUUUGUGCUACAAGAGUUCUUCCUUGUUAAUAGGGAUGAUUCGAACGGCAAGGUAAUUCACCACUGCUUUGGCUGGAGCUAAUAUUGGGCUCCAAAAUCAGUUCUGUAAUUUCUGACAAAUGGCCAAGGUUUCUUGAAUAGGCAGAGCUUUCUGUUUUGUGUAGGGAACACACAAUCCAGUCUUUUGUUGUGGUUGCCACUGCUGUUGUUUCUCCCCCAUUCACAAUGGAGAGUGGGGUUUUUUGUGCUGAGUGGAAAAACAGUGCCAAAAUUCGGGCUUGCUUAUGUUUAAUGUGAUUUUAAUUUUUGUGAUAGCCAUAAGCAGUAUAAGAGAUUUUGUAAUAUGGAUCCCCUGUAUCCUGAUCUCUAAGUCAAGAAGACAUAUUGGUGAUGAAAGUUUUAUCUGUCACAGGCAUGUCAAGAUGAGUGAUUGCUGGAUGAUUCAACCCAAAUGUAUAGGAACUGUUUAUAUAGAGAUUGCCAAACAAAUUCCAUUGCUUUUCUUUUUAUCUAAAUUCUUGAAUAAAUUACUAAAUAAAAUAGUCUGUGUUUGGAAUGUAUGGCUGUGGGAUAUAUGGAAACUCACAGCAUGUGGGGGGAAAAAAGUUAAAAUAGGGAAAUAUAAUAGUUUGUAAACUUUAUGUGAAUAUAGGUACAUCAUAUAUAGACUCAAGGUUCAAUUUGCUGAUCAAAGCAUCCAAAUAACUUUGGAUUUAAUAAUGUCGGCAAUGAAUGCUAAUAUAUGGAAAUUGAAAAGCAUGGAGCAACAAUAGCUAGCCACGCUUACCAGUAUUACCCUGCAGCAUGUAGAUUUACAUUUUUUUGUUUUGUUUUGCAAUCGCAGUUUGGAAAAUGUGUGUUCUUUUUCCCUUCUUCCAUACUUCUGAAUGUGGGUUCUCCUGAACAAGCUUAGACAAGAUUCAAGCUAAACAAUAGGGCAACAUCAGAACCUUUGAAGGCUCAGUUUGGAUAGGUACCCAAAGCCUGAGUCUGCUUUGAUGUAUGUGGGCUCAACUCCGGUUGCCCUUGGUUGCCCUCUCUUACCUAUGUAACUUGUGUCUGGAAACUCUUGCCAAAUUUUUUUUUUUUUUUUAAAAAAAGGACAUUUUUGCAAACUCAUGUUCAUCCUGAUUCUGGUCUGGCUGGAAAAGUACUACAAUAAUGCCCUCUCCGGUGGUGAUUUAAUAUUACUGUUUUAGGUCUGGGCUGUAGACUUCUGCCUCCUUCCCAGUUUCUGAAGUUUCAUUCCUGUUUCAAAUGGGAGGAUUUUGCCUCUAGUUGGAAACAAAAUUAUUUGAACUUUUCUGGAAUGCUAGCCAAAACCAUCCUCUAUCUCCCUUGCAUCUUUUCCUCUUCUCCCAAGUAAUUUAUGGUUCCAUUUGACUGAGGUUUUGGGCAAGGGCACUCUGAUGCCUUCCUCUCAUAUCACAGACCUCACCUGGCAGAAAGGGAUAGCACAUCUCAGACUUUCUUCUCAGUCAGUGGGGCUUUUGCCAUUACCUUCAAGGGAAAUUGGAUCAGUCCAUUAUAUUCUUAAUGCAAAAGAACAAAUGAGUCAUUUCUUGUACCCAUACCUGAUUGCUCUUGCCUAGGAGCCAGGAGGUCACCUUCUUUCCUCACUCUUCAUCUGAAGGUAGCACUGUGCUUGCCUUGCCAGUACACUCAACUCAGAUUCAGUUCUGAGUCAUUUGCAAACCCUAAACUCCCAUUGUCUUCAAAGGACAUUUGGAUUACAGAGAGCACCGAGUUUACUCAGGCUGAAAAGAAAUUGAAACAUAUGAGAUUGCCACACCUACUAGAAGAGUUUGGCAAGACGGUGGUUGUUUACCCUAAAGACAGUGGGGAUGUGAUAGACGUGCCCCCAGCCCAGGGGGUCUUUAAUUCUUGGUAGUACAAGAUUGAGGGAAAACUCUACUCCAUUGGCAAAAAGCAAACUUUAAACACUUAAAAUAUUUCCUUUUUUUUUUUUUUUUCAGAUUUAGGUUGUAGAGUGAGAGCUAUAAGAUGUCACUGAUACCAGCAUCAUUACAAUGUUGACUGGUCACUUCUAUUGGACGUGGGGUUAUAUAUAACUUCUUUAAAAACAAAUAGUAAAAUUUUAAGCAUUGAGGAUUAGGAGCAAUUUAUUUUUCACAGAAGUCAGUGAUUCUAUCUAAAGGCAGUUGAACUGUCUUUGAAGGAUCUGGUAUCUCCAAAAGGGAACACCAGAGUAAGUGGACCUCUAGUUUCAUCCGAAAGGGAAUAUUCUGCAUCCUAUAAAGUGCAACAACAGAUAAUUAAUAGAAUAACCAGAAGAUUUGGAGAGGAUGGCAGGCAGGGCUCUCGUAGGAGGUGUCAGUCCUGGCAGAAGUCAGUUACUUUAUUGCAGUAAGCAAAUCAGGCUGGAUUCUCGCAGUGGUGCAAUAACAGUGGAUUGGGGAGCAUGCAAAGCAGCAUCAAUACAUAAAAAUUAAACUACUUUUAAUAUACAAAGCUGAGUUUAGAUAAAUGCAGAACAGAGAAGCAAAGGCAUAAUAUUCUCUGAAAGUGCAGCCUUUUAAUGCUGUUUUGGAGACUAAUUUACAUACAAAUAAAAUGUCAGCUUAUCCCAUAACUGUCAUGAUAAAUUGGAGCACUUAGAUUUUUGCAUGAGAUGCUCCUUCUGUACCUUAUUAAAUUACAGGAUCUUGGCCUUUUGCCAAGUGCUAGGGUGAUGCUUUCUUUACUGAAAUACAUACAGGAGAGGGAUAUGGACCUGGACAUCUAGAGAACCCAGGUUCAGUCACUAGACAAGAACUCUGCCUGCACGUCACCUUGAACACUUUGAAAUUUUAAUUUCUCUGUAGAUAAUAUUUGUCCAUAAAAUGGCAGUGAUGUUAGUUUUCCUGUUUCACAAGCUUUGUUAAGUUUUAAUUAUUUGUAAUGUGUACAGAGUGCUUUUAGGUACUUGAUUGGAAGUGAGGGCAAUGUGAAAUCUUGCCUUGUUGGGUUCUCCCAUCCUACAUGGAUGGCAGUGGAGGGCAGGUAGGAACAAGCUGUCUGCAGCAGGCCAGUAAGAAAUGCAGAAUAGCAACCUGCUGUGCUCAGGGACUUGUAAAUAAAAGCAGUUUUAGAAUUCUUCAUUUUGGUUGCAAGACAGGAUACAAUUCUCCUUCAUGUCACCUCUUUAGAUACAUCACCUUUUGACUUCAGUUUCUCCUGAAAGUGUCUGUGUGAUUACCCCAGGAGUGAGCUUAAAAUGAAAUAAGUGCCUGGAAGUGGGCUUAAACAAUCUAUUUUGAAAUGCCACUCCUAAACUCUUUUGAAAUGACCAAGUGUCUGCUUUAUACCCAUAGAAAAGGUUAGAUUUAUUCCAGUGGCUAGAUGAUUACUGAUGUGUGCUGUGCUCUGAAGCAUAAGGUAAUAGAAAAGAUCAUUGUGAAUUAAUUCAGUGUGAAUUAAUAAGAGAUUUACCUGAUGAGAGUUGUUUGAAGGUGAUGGCACUUUGUAGCUGAACAGGAUUUAAGAUGUCCAAAAGUGCACCUUUAGAGAUUUGAGAACGAUCGAUGUUGGGAAAGUAAAUGUAAAUGGGAAGGAGCAAGCUUGAACAGACCACAGCUCUUUUCACUUGUCUCUUUGUUGUAGACAUUGUGGGGAAAAAAACUGCAAACAGCCCUCGGCAAAUUGGUGAUCAGGGGCUAAACUGAAGAGCCUGAAAAUGCAAAGGAGUAGGAGAGUAGGAGGAGAAACAACAGUGUUUUACUGUAAUGGUGUUCUACUAAUACGAUGUUUUCUUCUUCUACUAAUACAUGGUUCUUGCACUUUUUAGAUUGAUGAAGCUAUCAUAAUUUCACUGGAGCAUGUGGAGUAUAAAAUAUCAAACAUACAUUUUGUCCAAUUACAAUGUCUGAUCCUAAUUUUACUGAUACGAGGAAUCAUGUUCUACCUUAGCAAUUUCAGGCAGGAAAGAGUGGACAUGCAGUUUGAGGGCUUGCAGAAAAACAUAUAUAGAUUAAAAACUCAUUUGAAAUUAACCUAUCAGUUACUUAGAGCUGUGACAUUUUCUGUCCUGUAUGGUGUGUGAAGACACUUGUGCCAAAGCAGAAAGGAGGUGGUCUUGUUGAAGAGGCAGUUGCUUGUCAUUAAGCUUAUUCUUCCCUCCCACGGUUUAGGGCCUGACUCUUGGGUUCCUUACAUAAAAGGAGUUGUUCUUGCCUUCCCUUCUCAGCAGAGAAAAGUUAGGGAGGGCCAUGUGUUGGUUGUUUGCUGGCAGGCUUGCUCUGAGAACCACGAGCAAAAGUGGGAGAGAAGCAUCGUGUGUGACUGCCUCCUGCUCUGUGUCCCAGCCAGAGAUGGUGGGGAUGUGAAGCUGAAUAUCUCUUUUCUGUCAUUUCAUUGUGCAAGUGUCCACAAAGGAAGGUAGAACGGCAGCAGCUUUGGCCAGUCCUCUACCACUGUGUCUGAAUCUGGGGUAGUUUGCAUCUAAUGUAAUCUAAUUUUCAGUAAUUUCAGCAAUUUCACUUGGAGUUUCCAGUGUUAUUUACAGGGUUUUUAGAUAAUUUUUUUUAAACACUUAAAUUAGAAAACAUGGCAGGUCUUAGCAAUUGUGGGCCGUAGUAAUGAGCUUGUUAACUUUCUGGUUGUGCCGGACGCAGGUCUGGGCCAGCCCGGCGGGACCGGCUGCCGAGGAGGGCUGGGUGCCGGGUGGCUCCCCCGGGACGGGGCCGCCGCCGAGACGCUUUCCCAGAAAUUCCGUCUCAAAACAGGAGCUCUCUGGCCUCGCAGCUCGUGUGCCUCACAGCUGCUCGAUUGUUGUACGGAGAGUAGGGAGGAGGCUCCGCAUUGAUUAGGACUUUAUGUGCUUGAUAGAAGCCGGCACUUUGAACACUUAGGGGUUUUUAUAUGAAGAACAGCAGACAGUCUUUGUAGUCUAUUUAUGUGUAAUAAAUUGGGUUUUGUUUUGCAUCUUGUGUUUGGUUUUUUUUUUUUCUGUUUUUAUUCUUUUUUUUCCUCUAUUUUUUCUCUUUUGUGAAAGAAAAAGAAGUCUAAAAAGGAGCGAAAUUAAAACCACAGCAUCAUUUUCCCAUGCAGCUCUAGCAAGUAUCCUGCGAUCUCACAUAAUCGGCCGUCCUGCUGGAGUGGAGUGUGGGAAGGUGUCAAAAUAUGUCUCUCAAUCUCUCAAAAUUUUUUUUCUUAAAAGGGAAAGCCAGAUGAAUGCCAAAAGCACUGCUCCCUUCUCUAGCCCUGCAGUAACAAACUACAUGAGUGUAUGUUAUUAAGAUUAUAAAGAUUAUAUUUCUAGUUGCUAACGUGCUAUCACAACAGCAAAGGGGGAAAAAAUCUUGAAAAAAUUAUGAAAAUUAGUCUGAUGGUCUCCUUUUAAUAAUAAGAUCACUCCCAACCCCAACAGACAGUGUAGGCUGGAAUUCCACAGGGCUUUUUUGUGGUCCUAAUGAUUUUAAUAAUACUUUGUGCUAUGUAGCACCUUUCAUUAGAGGAUCACAAAGUGCUUUACAGUCACUAAUUAAUUAAGCCUCACAACACUCCUGUGAGAUAGGUAAGUAUUACACAUAUAUUAAGCUGAGACACUGAGAGUUAAUGAUUUUUUGCUGCAUUAUUCUGGGAAAAUGAUUGAUGUUCAAGCGCCGUAUAUGCAUUAUAUGUCUUUGUGUGGGUGUGUAAUAUAUAUGAGUGUAAAAGUAUUAAUUUUACUAUCCCUUAACAAAGAUGUCCUACUUGAGCCUGUUGAAUAUAAAUGUGUAUUUUCAUUUAACUUUUUGUUGCUGCAGCGUAUUGACUGAUAAUAUCACAGUCUUCAUAUACCCUUGACUCAGUUUGCUUUUCGUCUGCUUGUGCAUCUACUUGUACAAAGAUUAGUCAGUGGCAUCUCAUAAAAUUCAAAUAUAUUUCUAGAUGGAUUAUUCUGUUAAAAAGAGCAUAUGACUAAGAUCUGACCUAAACCUGCAGUACAAGCACCAGGCAACAACCAUUCUGUUGCAAUAGGCUUUGAUGACAAGCCAUCACAUUCAGUAAAAGUAAUGAGCAACAACAAUGACCCGCUGGGGAGCUGGUGAUCAGCAGAUAUACAGAUCAGCUCUCAAAAUGUCUUCUGUGUCUUCCGUGCAUCUUCUAAGACAAUUGCAUUAGCCCGCCUGCUAGUUGACUAAUAGAAUUAAUAAUUGUAAAAAGCACUCUAAAGCCACAUGCCUUAUGAAGUCAAUGCUGGGUAUGAUUUUACAAAUAUGGUCCGGAAAAAGAAUCCCCCUCUAAGAAACGUUGCUAGUGAAGGUGAGGUACAGACCCUUGAGUCUACAGGUACUGAAAGUGAAGAGUCUGGAAGGAAAAAAGAAUUUUCUGCAGAGCAGAUGCAAGAAAACACUGACCAGGGUGAUGCGGCAGAGUUAAGUAACACGGAGGAACUUUGCAUGCAUGUCCAAGAGCCAUCUUCCAGUGUUAAAAAGGACUUGAAAAGCUCAGUGCUGAGUGAAAAGGCUGGCUUCAAUUAUGAAAGCCACAAUAAGGGAGGAAAUGUUCCAUCCUUCCCUCAUGAUGAGGUGACAGACAGAAAUAUGCUGGCUUUCUCAUCUCCAGCUGUUGGGGGAAUCUGUGAGCCCUUGAAGUCUCCUCAAAAAUCAGAUGCAGAUGACACCCAAGAUGUGGUCUGUACCCCGUCAGGAGAUGCAGCGGAGACAAAUGAGGAGCAUCAGAUGUCGCCAAAAGCUUCAGAUGAAACAGUGCAAGUGCAAAGUGGUCAAACUGAUGGCCAAGGCUCAAGCCCGGUCCCCAUGGCCUCAAAAAACCCACAAGUGCCUUCAGAUGGGGGUUUAAGGCUGAACAAAUCAAAAGCAGAUUUGUUGGUAAAUGAUAAUCCAGACCCAGCGCCUCUGUCUCCAGAGCUUCAGGACUUCAAAUGCAACAUCUGUGGGUAUGGUUACUAUGGGAACGACCCCACAGAUCUCAUCAAACACUUCCGCAAGUACCACCUAGGACUGCACAACCGCACCAGGCAGGAUGCUGAGCUCGACACUAAAAUUUUGGCUCUCCACAACAUGGUGCAAUUCAGCCACUCCAAAGACUUCCAGAAAGUCAACCGCACCGUGCUUUCAGGGGUACUGCAGGACAUCAAUUCCCAGAGGCCUGUCCUAUUAAAUGGGACUUACGAUGUGCAGGUUACUUUAGGUGGAACCUUUAUUGGAAUUGGGCGGAAAACUCCAGAUUGCCAAGGCAACACCAAGUACUUCCGCUGCAAAUUCUGCAAUUUCACCUACAUGGGCAACUCCUCCACUGAACUAGAGCAACACUUCUUACAGACUCACCCAAACAAAAUGAAAGCAGCCCUUCCCUCCUCUGAUACUGGUAAAACUUCAGAGAAAAACUCCAAUAAAUCCAGUCCUACUCUUCGACCAUGUGAUUCUGGAGACUUGGGGAAGUGGCAAGACAGAAUCACUGUAAAAGCAGGAGAUGAUACGCCAGUUGGAUAUUCGGUGCCCAUCAAGCCAAUAGAUUCCUCUAGACAAAAUGGUACCGAUACUACCAGUUACUACUGGUGUAAAUUUUGCAGUUUCAGCUGUGAAUCGUCCAGCUCUUUGAAACUAUUAGAACAUUACAGCAAACAGCAUGGGGGAAGCCAGGCAGGAAGCCUCCACCCAGAUCUGAAUGAUAAGCUUUCUAGGGGAUCUGUCAUUAACCAGAAUGAUCUAGCCAAAAAUGCAGACGGGGAGUUAGUGACAAAGACAGAAAAGGGUGCGAGUGUGGCAAAAAAGAAAGACUUGAGUAGCAAAGGAGCAGAGGACAGCAUGGUGACAAGCUACAACUGUCAGUUUUGUGACUUUAGGUACUCAAAGAGCCAUGGCCCAGAUGUAAUAGUGGUGGGCCCACUUCUCCGUCACUAUCAGCAGCUACACAACAUUCAUAAAUGUACCAUUAAGCACUGUCAGUUCUGUCCCCGAGGCCUCUGCAGCCCAGAAAAGCACCUUGGAGAAAUUACUUACCCAUUUGCUUGCAGAAAAAGUAAUUGUUCCCACUGUGCUCUCUUGCUUUUGCACCUGUCUCCAGGGGUGACAGGAAGCUCUAGAGUCAAACACCAGUGCCAUCAGUGCUCAUUCUCCACUCCCGACGUGGACGUUCUCCUGCUCCACUAUGAGAAUGCACACGAAGGCCAAGCGUCUGAUGUCAAACCAGAAACAAACGCCCUGCCAGGGGCAGAGGGGCCGCUGACGCUCAAGGAGAACAAAGAACACUCAUGUACCAAAUGUGACUUUACCACCCAGGUGGAAGAAGAGAUUUCCCGACACUACAGGCGAGUACACAACUGCUACAAAUGCCGUCAGUGCAGCUUCACAGCUGUUGACACUCAGUCACUACUAGAGCACUUCAACACUGUGCACUGUCAGGAGAUGGACAUCACUACAGCCAACGGGGAGGACAGUCAUGGCGUUUCAUCUAUCAAGGAAGAGCCAAAAAUUGACCUUAAGGUCUACAGUCUGAUUAAUCCAGACCCCAAAUUAGGGGAGCCCAUAUCUGACAGCAUAGUGAAGAGAGAAAAGAUAGAAGAUAAGGAAGUGCUCAAGGAGAAAGGCUGGACUGACAGUCCCAGUGAUGAUCUUCGCAAUGUGACCUGGAGAGGAGCAGACAUUUUGAGGGGGAGCCCAUCAUACACACAGACCAGUCUAGGCUUACUGACCCCCGUGUCUGUUGGCCAAGAGCAGCCAAAGCCUUUAAGGGAUAGUCCAAAUGUAGAAGCUGCCCAUCUCGCAAGGCCCAUUUAUGGCUUGGCAGUGGAGAGCAAGGGUUUCCUGCAGGGUGUCCCAGCCGGAGCAGCAGAGAAAGCCGGGCAGCUCAGCCAGCCCUACUCUGGAUCCGGGGACGGCAAGGCAAAAGAUGAAUCCCAGUCCUUAUUACGGAGACGUAGAGGCUCGGGUGUUUUCUGUGCCAAUUGCCUGACCACAAAGACCUCUCUCUGGCGGAAGAAUGCAAAUGGUGGAUAUGUAUGCAACGCGUGUGGCCUCUACCAGAAGCUCCACUCGACUCCCAGGCCUUUAAACAUCAUUAAACAGAACAAUGGUGAACAGAUCAUUAGGAGACGAACAAGAAAGCGCCUUAACCCGGAGGCACUUCAGGCUGAGCAGCUAAACAAACAGCAGAGGGGUAGCAGUGAGGAGCAAGUCAAUGGAAGCCCCUUAGAGAGGAGGUCAGAGGAUCAUUUACCUGAAGGUCAUCAGAGAGAAAUUCAGCUUCCCAGCCUCAGUAAAUACGAGGCCCCAGGUUCAUUGACUAAAAGCCAUUCUGCUCAGCAGCCAAUAUUGGUCAGCCAAACUCUGGAUAUUCACAAAAGGAUGCAACCUUUGCACAUUCAGAUAAAAAGUCCUCAGGAAAGUACUGGAGACCCAGGAAACAGUUCAUCGAUAUCAGAAGGGAAAGGAAGCUCAGAGAGAGGCAGCCCGAUAGAAAAAUACAUGAGACCUGUGAAACAUCCAAACUAUUCUCCACCUGGAAGCCCUAUUGAAAAAUACCAGUACCCACUCUUUGGACUUCCGUUUGUACACAAUGACUUUCAGAGUGAAGCUGACUGGCUGAGAUUCUGGAGUAAAUAUAAGCUGUCUGUUCCUGGGAAUCCACACUACUUGAGUCAUGUGCCUGGCCUACCAAAUCCUUGCCAAAACUAUGUGCCUUAUCCCACCUUUAAUCUGCCUCCUCAUUUUUCAGCUGUCGGAUCAGACAAUGACAUUCCUCUAGAUUUGGCGAUAAAGCAUUCCAGACCUGGGCCAACUGCAAAUGGUGCCUCCAAGGAAAAGAGUAAGGCACCACCAAAUGUAAAAAAUGAAGGUCCCUUGAAUGUAGUAAAAACAGAGAAAGUUGAUAGAAGUACCCAAGAUGAACUUUCUACCAAGUGUGUGCACUGUGGCAUUGUCUUUCUGGAUGAAGUGAUGUAUGCAUUGCAUAUGAGUUGCCAUGGUGACAGUGGACCUUUCCAGUGCAGCAUAUGCCAGCAUCUUUGCACGGACAAGUAUGACUUCACAACUCACAUCCAGAGGGGCCUACACAGGAACAAUGCACAAGCUGAAAAGAAUGGAAAACCUAAAGAGUAAACCUUAGCACUUAGCACAAUUAAACAGAAAUAGGUUUCCUUGAUGGGAAUUCAAUAGCUUGUAAUGUCUUGUGAAGACCUAUAAAGCACUUCAUAUAGAGAGCAUGCCUUAUCCAAUAUUAAAUCCCUUGUUAUUUUCUUUUUUUUCUUUUUAUUCUUUAUUUUUUCCUUUUUUUUUCCUUUUUUUUCCUUUUUUUUUUCUUUUUUAAAUGAGUGGGUUACCAAGAAAAAAGAACAGUUGAAUGGUGGCCAGAAGGGGAGGAAGAUAAUUCAGUGGGACAUGGCCCACCAAAGCUAGCCAGAAUGCAGUGAAUCAUGCCGAAUAACCUUGAGAAAAUUUUACUGGACAAUUAAUACCUUUGCUGUUGUGUAAGAGACAUAACUGGCAAGUGUGCAAAGAUGUGUAUAUGUAUAUACUGCUGCAGGGGUGUAGUGAACAUAUGCACAUUGUAUAUAAGAACUAGACAUGUUACAUAUACAGAGUUAAAAGGUCAUUUUCUUUAAUUUGGGCAAAUUUCUGCCCUACAACAUGCCUUAGGAUCACAUUGUCCUCAGAGCUUUAGCAGCAACGUCAUAUAUGUGUUUCUCAGACUCAGCUGAUUUUUAGCUACCAUUUUAUCACUACAUUCUUUCUGGCACACUUUAGUCUAGGAAAACCAUUUUCUGCAAGUGAAUUCUCUAAUACAGAAGACACAUUCCAGGUUUAAUUUGCAUAGAAUAAGGUAACCUGCUGUAUUUUAUUUUAAUAUAUUUUUAAUAUAUUACAUUUCUAAACCUUAAAGUCUAAGGUUACUUCUCCACAGGCUUAACAUUGCUAUACAUACCAGUCAAUCCCUUCAGUAGACUUAUACCAGCUUUUGCUAAGUAGCAUUAAAUGUCUUCAUAGUACUUUUUAAUACUUAAAGCUUUUUAAAAACUAUCCAUGAAGGGAAAGCUCCUCAGCAUAACUGCUCAGGGAAAUAGGGCUAAAUAACUAAAUAUUAAAUAAUUGGUUAAAGGUGCUGUUAGACGAGCCUCCAUGCUUGCUACAAGGGUGUACAAGAACUGACUUUAAUCAUUUUCAUUAUAGUGUCCCAACCAGUAGUUUAUUAUUUUGCCACAGGGAUGUAGAAGAUAUUACAAGCUACUGGAUGCACUGUCAGAUUAACUUAUUUCAUUAAAGAAGUUGGGAGAACAAAUAGAAAAAAACCUUAUUUUUCUAGUAAAUAUUAAUGUAUUACAUUUCAAAUAAUGGUGCCUGACAUAUUGAAUAAUUAUUUUCUACAGUGUACGUAUGCAACAAAGAUAUUCCAUCAUGCAUUAGAGUCAGUUCUGGCUCUGCCUCGCUGUUUACAUUUGCAAAUGUAGCAAACAAGGUAAUGAAGCAACUAUUUCUAUUGCAGUAGGUAUCUUUUUUUCUGUGUGUGUGCAUUAAAGUUGUAAACGAUAACAUGAAAUGAAUGAAAUUUGUUGAUAUUAAUGGUAUGAAAAACAAGAAGGAAAUGAAAAUAUUUUUAUGCCUACUUAGGAAAAAAGGGUAGCACUAUUCAUUCCAAGUACUUUUGUAUUCUUAAGCUCUUAACUCACAUUGUUAUGCUUAAAAUGAUAAACAUAUAUCCUCUUUUUAUUGCUUUGUCUGUGUUUCAGAAGAAACAUUUCAGAAAUUAUUUUGAUAAGUGCUGUUUGACGAUGCAGCACUGAUAUUUUAUUGCAUUCUGUAGUAGCAUUGCACUCCAUUUUUACAAUAUUACGCAGUUGCUUUUUUGUUUUGUUUGGGUUUGUUUCUUUUUCGCAGUGCAGGGUCUUAGUUCCUUAUGGUUGGAUGGCAGGUGUAGCUCAACUGGUUCAUGAAUGUUGCAGCGAAUGAAGUUUAAAAUGUCUUUCUGAUAUUAUGUUGUCUUUUAUUUCUCCAUUCAUGCAUUUUAUUUUUUAAAAUGUUCUAUAAAAAUAUCUCUGGACUAAGUCCUCUCUUGAGAUUAUAUGUAAAGGGUCCUAUUCUGAUCUCACUUACAUGCCGCCUUUCUCAGAUUUUCAUGUAAUUGAACUUAAGCAUCAUAAAAAAAAAAAAAAGUUCUUGUAUUUAACUUACCUGAAUCUCACCACUCUCCCUUCUAGUAUUUGGUGCACUUACUAAGAUACUUAACCAGAUAAACAGGGAGGUGGAAAAUAAAAGGAGAGGUGAUAGGAAAUGUCUUAUAGGGGUUGGCAAAAGGAAAACCAGGAGGGAACUGGCCUAAACAUUCAGCACUUUGCUAGUCUUUUGAGAAAUAAUGUGCCUAAAGCAGCUGGCAACAAACAUCACCAAGCAUGAGAGGCACUUACACAGUUGAUCACCAAAGGUCUCACUGACCUUGGCAGUAUUUAGAUGUUAUAUUUUCACAGAGGUGAGACAUUAUUGCACAGUUUCUCUGAUUUGUUAGGCACAGACAGGCUAUUGUUCAGCAUUAGGCUGCAUUCCUUCCUGCUCCACCCAUUGCUUCUUUACUGGUGAGCAGCAUAUGGAACAUCCCACUCAAUCUGCUGUGAUUGAGUUCUGUAACCCUUCAGUAGUGUUCUAGGUUAGCAAAGGAUGUUGGGCCACAUUCUUCUUCUUCUAUUUUUUUAGAUGAAUCUCCAGCUUGAUACCAGUGACAAAUUCUGGUUAUGUUUUUACUAUUGUUCUCCAAUAAUAAGUUCUGACUUGGUUUUUGUGGAUUUAUUUUUGUUGGGUAUUUUCUGUUUCUUUUUUUUUUUCCUGUGGGGACUGAAAUAGAUUGCCCUCGUUUCAUUACGUCAGGGUCCAGUGUGUGUCCCUUUUCAGCUUUUCCAAGGAAGAUGUUAUACUCAGUAAGCAGUGAUUUUUAUCAGCUUCAAAGGCAGCUGCCUGCCAAUUUUCAGUAGUUACUGGUUUGACUUACUUCACUUCAGACGUACCAGUUCCUCUGGCUUCUUCAUUGAUAGAAGCUGCAUCUUCAUGGCAAAAUAUUUUAGAGGGACAUGUGCAUUGUAAGACUUGAGCACUACCCUGAACUUUGUAACACUUCUUGCUAAACUCAGAAGCAGAGGCAAAUUAACAGGAAAUACACAUAUCAGGGUUUGGGGAUGAGGAGAAAUGAAAUCUUAUGAGUGCAAAGAACAAGACAGAGCUUUGAAUGUUACUAUUGCACACCUAGAUGAUGCAAAUAAAAUUUGAAAAGAAGUUCAUUGUUCUUGCCAUGACAUAUUGAGAUGUUCUAAGAUUUCUGCUUUUUAAGAAAUGGGAUUUUGCUGUAGCCUGUUCUUUUUUACUGGGAUAGGGGGAGCACAGUUUUGCUUCUUAACAAAAGAGAGGUGACUCCAUCCAUCUUCCAGACCCCCUCACAAUGGGUAUAAUAAAAAGAAAAAAAAUCCUGACACAGGAAAAGAAUAAUCUUAUUUAAUAACUUUCAUAUGGAAACCAAUGUUAGCACACACAAGUAAUUACUGCACCCACUGUGUUUCAAUCAACUUACAGCACUAAAAAUUGAACUUUCAAACAAUCAGUCUUUGUUCUCAAUUUGUCAGUGGCUUCAAGGUGGUGAACUUCUCUUACUAAAGGAACGGUAGUGUAAGAUCUUAAAACAUAUCUCAAAUUGGACAACCAAAUAAGUAGAUGUUUCAAAACUAGAGGAUUUGUGGUGCCUGUCACUAAUCAGAUUGUGGAACGGGCACAGUGUUUCCAGUAACUCUCUGUAUAGAUGGAGCCAUCCUGUGACAUCAUCUGCAAACCAGAUUGUCCCUAAGCUGUCACUUCAUGGCUGCUGCCCCCUCAAUGCUGCAGGAGAUGAUGUUCCACAGCACAGUUUGUGUUCAGGUGCCAAAUUUAGACUGCUUUCCAAAGGAAGUGUUGCACCUAAUUGCCACCGUGCUGAUGAAACUCCUCCCUUAAUUUUGAAUGGACUAUGCAGAAAGGGGGAAUGACACGGGAUGCACAUAUCUUGGUUUGGCCUGAAAAAGGCACUGUUGUCUAUUGUGACAGUUUUAAAGAGAGAGAAAAUUGAGACAUCUCCAAAGGUUGAGACACACUGUGAGCAAUAGAUUAUUUUUGCAGUUAGAGGGGCAGCAGGACAAGUGACUGAUGCUAAUUGUAUACAGUGCUGAAACACAGUGAUUGCGCAAUGGGAAAAACUGAUUUGGCAACUGUGGAUUAGUACUCAGUUCAGGGACAGACUUUCAAGUCCACCCUUGGACUGGACACUGUUGUUUUGUAGUCAUAACUACUUGCUUUAUGUGCUAAGGAUGUUGUCUACCAUCUGCUUUUUACCCAGUAUGUCUAAAUAUAUUCUCAUUUUUGCUCCUGUAUUGAUUUUUCUUGGCUGACUUAACAUGCUAAUUCCUAAUACUGGUCAGGAAAAGCCAAGGAGAUUAGAAGGUCACUUCUGUGCAGCCAGAAGGGUAGAUAUAUUUCCUUCUGCUUCUGUGGAGACAGUUAUGCUUGGCAAGGAGCAGUGAGCAAUUUGUCAGCAUAUCCCAAACGUGAUAGAUAAGUGAGAAAUCCCUUCUAAACUUUUCUCUAAAGUUAAGAUGGGCCAAGUCAUAUGAUUUACUUAAGUUUCUCACCUCAGAAUAGGAUUCCUCACUACCCUCUUCCUCACCGUUUUUAUUUCAUUCAGCCAACUUGGGAAAGCUGGCAGUUGGGGAGAUGCUACUUGUAUAGUAAUCACACACACCCCAAUUUGCUUCAAGAGGAUAAAAGACAGUAAUUAAAUGGUUGACAGCCACAUAAAUACCUGUUUCAUUUGAUUCUUUGUUACACUUAGUAAAAUUCCUUUACUAGGAAAGCAAAAUUACACUUAAUAAAGUAAAAACAUUGUGACAGCUACCACAGUUUUCCAUUCCUAUCAUUUUGGCCUCUGAGCUCUGUGUAGGAGAACAGGAGAAAAGGAAACAUCUCAAAAUGCCAUUGUAAAUUUAGCUUAUAGAAAAUUCACCAGCAGGAAAAGGAAAAAAAAAAAAAAGAAAAAAAUUGCUUCAUAAAGAAUGACUUCAUGUUGCUAAAAACCAUCAUUAAACUUGUAGCCCUGAUUUGACUCUAGAAUGCUGGCUCUUAAUGUUUUGUCCUUACAACACAUGGAUGUGUUUUUUGUUCUGUUUUGUUUCGGGUUUUUUUGUUUUGUUUUGUUUUUUGGUUUUCAUAGUGCAUGUUCAUUUCUACUCACAAACAUGUUCUUGGUGUAUUUCUUAUGCAAACAAUCUUCAGGCAGCAAAGAUGUCUGUUACAUCUAAACUUGAAUAAUAAAGUUUUACCACCAGUUAUAAAUCA